AUGGCAUCCUCACCGGCGCGCGUGUACAGGCAGUGGCGCGAGCAGGCGCGAUUGCUGGGCUGGCGAUGGUGCGAUCCGUACCUAUACCAAGCACAUGCCUUCCUUGCUCGACGUACCGUGGAGGCAUGGCGCGAUGCGAUGGUUGCGCAACGCCACGCUAUAGCAGCGCGCAAAGCACAGCAAGCGGAAAUGCGAUGCCGGCAACUGCAGUGGGCGAAUGCUGGAUGGACACAUGCCAUCUCUCGCGCCUUAGAUCAGGCGUAUGCACGCCGCGGCGCACUGCGGCAUAGCAUUCUACGUGCGCUAGCGCCUCCGCAUCCCUCUCCCAGCGUAGGAGAGAAUGCGCGAUACCCACGGCGUUUACGUCUUCCUCACUUAUCGAGUCUCGUACAAACCAUGAUCCUAAGCAAGGACGCGCAGCGCGGCGAUGCGCCGAAACCCAGUGCACUGGCAUGCCCGCCAAAGCUCGCCUUGGCCUAUGAGAGCGUGCAAAAGAUACCUGGGCAUACGCUUAGUCGACGACGUAGGGCCAAUGCGCACUGGCGCUGGUUUUCUAUGCAAUGGCAACGGGUUCGCGCACCGCUAGGGCUCCAUAUUGUGCGUGCGAACGAUGCGGAAGACACGCCGGGCUUUGCACCGCGCGAGCAGCCAUACAGUGCGCUCUAUGCGCACGUCGAAUCGCGCGCGGCGUCGCCAGGCCCGACGGCGCCACGACGCGUCCGUCGCGCACAGAAUACCGUUUGCGAAUCUACAAUUAUACGGCCAAGAUACUUGCGUGCUGCCCAGGAAGCUGUGACGGCCAUGGAAGCGACGCACACCGCGACGUAUCGAAAAGCCGCACGCCGUCUUUCCUCCCGCCUAGUGACUGUAACGCCUACAUCACGCGCCUACCGCCGUCAGUACGCGCGGAUCUUAGCGCAAUCGCCUCGUAUUGAUGUGCAUGACAAUGCUGUGUCUUGGAAGAAGCAUGCCUCGACGCCUCCCCAUUCUAUACCCCCCUGGAUGCAACUGGCACACAGUCUCCAGGCGCUGACCAAGGCCGAGUCGGCGUCGCCUACCCCGGACGCAAAGCCAAGCGCGGCAGAGAAGCGCAAGCCCUUUCGUAUCCAUCUAUCACCGCAUGCUCUCUAUAGUGGCAAGGGUCCACGCACAGUCCGAGCACAGGCCACGCCGGACGAAGCUGCGUGGCUCGCACGCGGAUCUCAGGGAUUAAAGUAG